AUGGCCGAUGACACCAUGCCCGAUGAGAAGGCCGUGCAGGUGCUCCGAGACAUGGCCAACCGUCUCCGGAUCCAUUCCAUCAGGGCCACAUGUGCUUCCAACUCUGGCCAUCCCACAUCAUGCUGCAGUGCAGCAGAAAUCAUGUCUGUGUUGUUCUUCCAUACAAUGAGGUAUAAACAGACAGACCCGGGACACCCAGACAACGACCGAUUUGUCCUCUCGAAGGGCCAUGCUGCUCCAAUCCUUUACGCCGCUUGGGCAGAGGCUGGUGACAUCAGAGAAUCCGACCUGCUGCGUUUGAGGAAAAUUGACUGUGACCUGGAGGGACAUCCCACUCCCAGACUGUCGUUUGUUGAUGUGGCAACAGGAUCUCUUGGACAAGGACUGGGUGCCGCAUGUGGAAUGGCUUAUACCGGCAAAUACUUUGACAAGGCCAGUUACCGGGUAUUCUGCCUCAUGGGAGAUGGCGAAUCCUCAGAAGGCUCAGUCUGGGAGGCUAUGUCCUUCGCGUCCUACUAUAAUCUGGAUAAUCUCAUAGCAAUCUUUGAUGUGAACCGCUUGGGACAAAGUGGCGUUGCACCACUUGAGCACUGCACUGAUGUCUAUCAGAAGCGCUGUGAAGCUUUUGGGUGGAAUACUUAUUUAGUAGAUGGUCAUGAUGUGGUGGAGUUGUGCCAGGCAUUUUGGCUAGCAACUCAAGUGAAGAACAAGCCCAGUGCUAUAAUUGCCAAGACCUUCAAGGGCCAAGGUAUUCCAAACGUUGAGAAUGAAGAAAAUUGGCAUGGGAAGCCUAUACCAAAAGAAAAAGCAGAUGCAAUUAUCAAAUUAAUUGAGAGCCGCAUACAAACCAACAGGAAUCUCAUACCAAAACCCCCUGUUGAAGACUCACCUGAAAUCUGCAUCACUGAUAUAAAAAUGACCACCUCACCUGCUUACAAAGUUGGUGACAAGGUAGCUACCCGGAAGGCAUAUGGGUUGGCUCUGGCUAAAUUGGGCCAUGCUAAUGGAAGAGUUAUUGUCCUGGAUGGUGACACAAAGAACUCCACAUUUUCAGAGUUAUUCAAGAAAGAACACCCUGAGAGAUUUAUUGAAUGUUUUAUUGCUGAGCAAAACAUGGUAAAUGUGGCUUUGGGCUGUGCUGCCCGUGGUCGAACCAUUGCUUUUGUUAGUACCUUUGCUGCCUUUCUGACCCGAGCAUUUGAUCAGAUCCGGAUGGGAGCCAUCUCUCAGACCAACAUCAACCUUGCUGGUUCCCACUGUGGAGUAUCCAUUGGUGAAGAUGGGCCCUCUCAGAUGGCGCUGGAGGAUCUAGCUAUGUUCCGGAGCAUUCCCAAUUGCACUGUUUUCUAUCCAAGCGAUGCUGUCUCAGCAGAGCACGCUGUUUAUCUGGCUGCUAAUACCAAAGGAAUGUGCUUCAUUCGGACCAGCCGACCAGAAACUGCAGUUAUUUAUUCCCCACAAGAAAACUUUGAAAUCGGACAGGCCAAGGUUGUCCGCCACAGUAACAAUGACAAAGUCACAGUUAUUGGUGCUGGGGUUACUCUACAUGAAGCAUUAGCAGCUGCUGAUCAUCUUUCUAAACAAGGUAUUUCUAUCCGUGUCAUUGACCCAUUUACCAUCAAACCCCUGGAUGCUGCCACCAUCAUUUCCAAUGCAAAAGCUACAGGCAACUGGGUUAUCACAGUGGAGGAUCAUUAUCAAGAAGGUGGCAUCGGGGAAGCUGUGUGUGCAGCUGUCUCUGAGGAGCCUGACAUCCUUGUUCAUCAGCUGGCAGUGCCAAGAGUGCCUCGAAGUGGCAGACCUAGUGAAUUGUUGGACAUGUUUGGAAUCAGUGCCAAACACAUCAUAGCAGCUGUGAAACACACUCUAAUGAACAAAACUAACUGA